AUCAUUGAUUUAGUUAACCUAUAUUUUACAGAAUAAAUAAAUAAAAUUACCAUAUGUACUAAAAAAAAAUUUACAUGCAUAAAAUAUUAUAAAUAUAUUGAAUAUUAUUUAAAAAAAACGCUAUUAUGAUAGCUAAAGUGUUCCGAACAAUGUUUAAUGGUGUACAAACUCUGACAUCUUCCAGAAUGAAUUUAUUAAGUACUGCUGAAGCUACUUUGCAGCUAGCUGCUUUACAAGAACGUUGUAUUCUUGUUGAUUCAUAUGAUAAAUCUAUCGGUGAUGCUACAAAAAAGGAAUGUCAUAUUGUUAAUCCUGAUGGACAAGUUUUACUUCAUCGAGCAUUUAGUGUCUUUUUGUUCAAUGAUAAAGGAGAAUUAUUACUUCAAAAAAGAUCUGCUACUAAGGUAACAUUUCCAAAUCAUUAUACAAAUACAUGUUGUAGUCAUCCAUUAUUUGAAAUUUCUGAAGAAACUGAAGAACAUGAUGCAAUUGGAAUUCGUAGAGCAGCACGAAGAAGACUUAAUUAUGAACUAGGAAUUCCUCUGUCACAAAUAUCAAUAUCAGAUUUUGUAUAUUUAACAAGAAUUCAUUAUUUUGCAGUGGAAAGUGAAUGGGGUGAACAUGAAAUAGAUUAUGUACUAUUUAUACAAAAAGACAAUUUAAAAUUAGAUCCAAAUCCAGACGAAAUUAGUGAACUUUGUUGGAUAUCACAAUCAGAAAUUAACAAUUUUGUAAAAAAUCUUAAUGCUCCAUUAACUCCUUGGUUUAAAUUGAUACUUGAACAUAAAUUGCCGGAAUGGUGGAAUAAUUUGCAUUCAUUAAAAAAAUUACAAGAUCAUAAUACAAUACAAAGAUUUGUAUAAAAUUUUUUAAUUAAAAUUUUCAUGAAAUUAAAA